AUUGGUACAAGCUUGGCUCGAAUAGACAAUGGUACAUGCUUGGCUCGACUAAUGGACAUCGGACUAACGAAACAGGACUUACUGUUACAGACCUGCGAGUCCUGCCAAGAGGACCUAAUCCUGAGGGGCUAUGUCUUUCGCUUGAUCGACUGACCGGGGAAGCAGAGGGAAUCUACAAGUGCGUGGUAAGGCGAAUUGCUGUCAACUAUUACGAUUCCCAAUUGGUUAGCAUAAUGCUGAAAG